AUGCUUGAAUUUCGCUUCCCUCAAUCUACGCCGGUCCUAAGAGAGCUUGCUCGGCUUUGGUCACCUCCUUCGCCUCUGCCUUCGGUCUCUUCUGAAUACACCGAGGAAGUCAAACCUUUCGAAUUUAUAGACGGCAGCUUGAGCUUACUAGGCGAUCUACAAAGAGCUCAUGAUACUUAUCUUCGGCAAGAGCUUGAAAAAAUGCGCGACUUCAUCGCUAGCAAAUUUGAGCUGAAACAAUACGAGAAUGGUAGCGGCGACCGUGCACAGGAUCAAAAAUUCACACAAUUGAUGAAUGAGCUUCAGAACUUUAAGCAGGAAGUCGCAUAG